GGUUGGAUUGUGUGUCAAUGAAGCAGAGCAUACUUUUGCUGUAUGUUGGUUAGUGCGAACAUUUUGGUACACAUUGCUCUGAAAACAAGUCUCGUUGAGCCACAUUCCACCAUCAUCGUUCGAACGGCGUAGAAAAAAUCUUUCACCUGCUGAAUAUCUUAGGUUUGAUGUCUGAAAGAAGAUAAAUAUUUUUACACUUUAAUUUUACUUGGCUUGAUAAGCAGAAGGUUCCGUUUUUCAAUGUAAUGAUUGGUGCAAUUGCAGCCUUUACUUAUGGUCAUGCGUGACUUGUGAUCUAAAGUGCUUUAAGGUAAACGAAAAGUGCUAUCGAAAAUGUCAAUAGAUUUGGAGAAACAUCGAGAAUCCCUCAUAAGAACGUGGAAAACAGUGGUGGAUACCAAGAGUCCCACCAAUUGGGCACUGUUUUCUUAUGAGGGCCAAAGCAAUGUACUGAAGGUACAGGAAACCGGAGAAGAUGGCAUUGCUGAGCUAGCUGCUGAGUUUAACUCCGGUAAGGUGCAGUACGGAUUUGUACGGGUAGAUAACAAAGAGACUGGAAUUGCUAAAUUCGUGUUCAUAAACUGGCAGGGUGAGGGGGCUCCAACUUCUCGCAAGGGUUCCUGUGCCAAGCAUGUUCGAGAUGUGACCAAUCUUUUGAAGGGAGCCCACAUUACGAUCCAUGCCGCCAACGAGGACGAUGUCGAGGAAGCACGUAUCAUAGAGAAGCUUCAAAAAGUGGUGAUCAACGAUUUCAAGGUUAAAGAUUACUCACGGGCCAACGACGCUCAAAAAUCCGUGGGAACUAACUACAGUCGAGUCAUUCCAACGAAGGAAAUCAAUCCGGCCGAAAGGGAUGAGUUCUGGCGCAAGGAGGAAGAAGAAGAGAAACAUCGGCUGCAGCUGGAGUAUGAGAGAAAGUUGAACGAAACGGUGCAAUUAGAAGAGGAACGACGCCGCCGAGAAGAACGAGAGUUCGAGAAACGAGAAGCAGCGCUGGAUGGUCCACAGAGUCCGGAUAAAUGCUACGCUAGGCAGGUGUCCGAUAGUUCUCGAACCGAAAGGGAUCGUGAAAUUAAACAGGUCGUGGAGGCCAGUGGAAAGGUUAGUUCGGCGAAGGCACGGUUCCUGAACAGCACAGUACAGUUAAGUCCGACGCACAUUCAGCAACAGCCGGCCGUUCCGGAGCUGAACCUGUCACCAAACGUAUCUAACGAGGAAAAGAUUCUGAUAAAUGAAUUAAGAGCCGAACUGGAAUCGGAGCAAAACGGUCAUAACGGUAGACAACCGGCGGAAUCGGUAGUACCACAAGAGUACUUUGAUCCGAAUGCUACGAUUGAUUUGUCGGAUGAAGAUAAUAUGAUCCGAGCUAGGGCUUUGUACGAUUACCAAGCCGCCGAUGAUUCCGAGAUAAGUUUCGAUCCCGGUGAUAUCAUCACCCAUAUCGACCAGAUUGACGAAGGUUGGUGGCAGGGUUUGUCACCGAGUGGCACCUACGGACUGUUCCCGGCCAAUUACGUAGAGUUGAUGUAAACGAACAAAAAGGGUUUUGGAAGUAAUCAACCAGCGAACCAUCACGAAACACGCACGAUCACAUUGUUAAAUGUCGUUGAUUCACUUUCUCAGUUGUAUUCUUUUUUUUGUUGUAUAUGGUCGUGAGUAACGCAAGCUAGUAUUAUAGUAUUAUGUUUUGCAAACAGGAAAUUAUUAUUCAUCACAAUAAUCUUAGCCGAAUAUGAUUCGCAUAACAUUUUGAGGUAGAGAGAAAUAAAUGUCGAAGAUAAGAUUUAUAAUAUAUUUCAACUCACUAUUAAAUCGUGACAUUUAUCAAAAGAAACAAACAAUAUUCAUGUUUAAGAGCUGUUACUAGAUACUAAUAAAUAAUCUUCAAUUUCUACUCGAAUAAUGAA